CCCUCGGGCCUUAGCCCUUCAGACUCUCGGCCUGGCCUGACAAAUUAGUCUGCUGGCCAAUCUCCGACAGGACUUCGCCCGAAGGCCCGUGUCCAUCGGCUGCCGCCUCCCACUCUGCCCCCGACUGGAAGUCCGGCGUCCUCCUUCCCCUCCCGCCACCAUGUCCUCGUUCUCGGAGUCGGCGCUGGAGAAAAAACUCUCCGAGCUGAGUAACUCCCAGCAGAGCGUCCAGACGUUGUCGCUGUGGCUGAUUCACCACCGCAAGCACGCGGGGCCCAUCGUCUCCGUGUGGCACCGCGAGCUCCGAAAAGCCAAAUCAAAUAGAAAGCUUACGUUUUUAUACUUAGCAAAUGACGUCAUCCAAAACAGUAAGAGGAAGGGGCCUGAAUUCACUAGGGAAUUUGAAUCUGUCCUCGUGGAUGCUUUUUCCCAUGUUGCCAGAGAGGCAGAUGAAGGCUGUAAAAAGCCUUUAGAAAGAUUGCUGAACAUCUGGCAAGAAAGAAGUGUUUAUGGUGGUGAGUUCAUUCAGCAGCUCAAGUUGUCUAUGGAAGACUCCAACAGCCCUCCACCUAAAGCCACAGAGGAGAAGAAGUCUCUUAAACGAACCUUUCAGCAGAUACAAGAAGAUGAAGAUGAUGAUUACCCUGGAAGCUAUUCUCCCCAAGAUCCAACUGCAGGCCCUCUCUUGACUGAGGAGCUGAUCAAAGCCUUGCAGGAUUUGGAAAAUGCUGCAUCAGGUGAUGCCACUGUGAGGCAGAAAAUUGCUUCACUACCACAAGAAGUUCAAGAUGUUUCUCUUCUAGAGAAAAUUACAGACAAAGAGGCAGCUGAACGUCUUUCAAAGACAGUGGAUGAAGCAUGUUUGUUACUAGCAGAAUAUAAUGGGCGACUGGCAGCAGAACUGGAAGACCGACGCCAGCUGGCACGUAUGUUGGUGGAGUAUACCCAGAACCAGAAAGAUGUUUUGACAGAGAAGGAGAAAAAACUAGAAGAGUAUAAGCAGAAGCUUGCUCGGGUAACCCAAGUGCGCAAGGAGCUGAAGUCACACAUACAGAGCCUUCCAGACCUGUCGCUGCUUCCUAAUGUUACAGGUGGCUUGGCCCCCCUGCCCUCUGCUGGUGACCUGUUUUCAACUGACUAGGACACAUGGCCUGCUCUCAGAUUCCCAUUUGUGCCAGCAGAAGAGGACUCUAGCAGGGACUGGAAAUUGUCUUCCAGUGAUUGGUUAUUUUCCUCCUAGCCCACUCCCUCUAUUUAGGAAGGAACUAUAGACUCCCAAGAGCUCUGUGCACUCUUACUGCUUGUACAGUUUCUCAUGUUGAGGGGAAGAGUGAGAGUGUUCAUUAAGCAGGAGUGGGCAUGGAGGCCAAAUUUGAUU